AUGGCUGUAUUGCGCAACUUCUAUCUUCUCUGGCUGCCCAUCGCUCUCUUCUGCCUCGUCCUCCCCGUCAAAUCGAAAUUCAACGCGCAUCAAAACUACGUGCGUGGUGCCUUCGCCAACAAAAUCGCCUCCCUAGAAGCUGAAUAUGGGGAAGGGAUCGAUACUUCUCUCGAAGGCUAUGACCACGAACCUGUCGCGGUCGCAAUACACCAAGCUCAUGAGAAGCGACGUGUCGCAAUUCUGAACGCACGAGACAACAUUGCCAAGCAGGCGGAGAUUGUGAAGCGACAGCUGGGAGGAGACGUCGAUACUAGUCUUGAAGGCUACGACAUCAGCGCGAUCGAUGUGGAUGAAGUGGACGAUACUACCCUGGGCAGGAGGGACUUUACUACAGGCUUCGCCGACGAAGAUGACAUCCUAGGCCAUCGACAUUCUGCCCGUUCAAACACUCCACUAAAGAACUACGAACCUGGCCAAGCCGAUUUUGAAGACGAGGACAUCGAUUUCUCCCUCGAGGGAUACGAAACCUAUGAACAUCCCACGCUAACCCGUCGUGCUGACGAUGACGACGAUGACGAUGACGAUGAAGAUGGUUGGCCGUCGGACGUCGACUUCAGUCUUGAAGGCUAUGAUACUUCUCACUUGACGCGACGAAGCAACCAAGAGGAUGUAAACGAUCGGUACCAAGAUGCCGCUGAUGAGGACUUGGGAUUCGACGACGAUGAGCUUGACAGUCUUGCAGCGCAAGCAACGGCGGCUGCAGAAGCUGCGAGAGCAAAGGCGAAGCGAGCGGCCGAAGGAUGGUAUGAGAAUGUAAAGAGAUGGAUAGGGGUCUCUUGA